AUGGCUUCCUCCUCAGCCCGCCACAUCACUACACUGGUGGAGGGAACCCCAGGCGGAACCAAUUUCCCCCAGGAUGUGUCCGAUAGAAACUGCAUGCAUGCUGGGCACCUUGACAGCAAACCACCAGAGGUGGCCUUCCCCUCAGGUUUCUGGACUGGGGACCUGGGCAGCUGUGGACUGGUCAAGUGUGCUCUGCUUCGUCCCCAAAGGCGGACAGUCGUGCUGGUCACAACUCCCUGGUUUGCCCCCAUCAUCUGGGACGGGACCUUUGACUGUGCCAUCCUGGACAUGCAGUUCAGAAACACCACCACGCGGCUGACUGUGUUUGCCAUCAAAAAAUACGUAGUCUUCCUGAAGCUGUUCCUGGAGACGGCAGACAAGUACUUCACGGUGGGACACUAGGUCAACUACUACAUCUUCACUGACCGGCUGGCAGACAUCCUGCACAUCCUCCUCCAGGAAGGCUGGCAGGUGGUGGUCCUCGAGGUCUGCAACUACCCCCACUGGCAGGACAUGUCCAUGCACCACAUGGAGAUGAUCAGCAACUUCUCCAAGCAGUACUUCCUGUGUGAGGUGGACUACCUGGUGUGUUUAGACGUGGACAUGAAGCUCAGCAACCAUGUGGGCGUGGAGAUCCUCUUCUUGUUUGGCACUCUCCACCCUGGCUUCUAUGCUGCUGAUUGCCAGGCCUUCACAUAUGAACGCCGCCCAUUGUCUCAGACCUACAUUCCGAGAGAUGAAGGUGAUUUGUACUAUGCUGGCAGCUUUUUCAGGGGCUCAGUGCUAGAGGUACACAGGCUCACUAAGGCCUGUCACCAGGCAGUGAUGGUGGACCACACCAAUCACAUUGAGACUGAGUGCCAUGACGAGAGCCACCUGAACAAGUACCUGCUGCACCACAAGUCCACAAAAGUGCUCUCCCCUGAGUACCUCUGGAAUGAGAGGAUGCUGUGCAGACCACCUUUUCUCAGGAAACUGCGAUACGUGGCCGUGCCAAGAACCACCAAGCCCUCCAGAACCAAUGAGACCACACUUUCUACAUUAAUUGGGCAGGAUGGAUGUCAGCCAGUGGUCCUGGUGCCGGUGAUGGAGGAUCUGGUGUUCUAUCCAGCUUGGGUGUUAGUUCAGGAGCAGGAUCACCUUCACCAGGUGGUACAGGAAAUGGUUCUGGAGGUUGCCUGGAAAGAGAAUCCAGCCCUCCAGCAGGCUCUCCAUCUGGGGUUGGUGCUGGUGACGGAAGACUUGAUCCUCUAUCGAGCUCCAGUAUUGGUGCCAGAGCAAAGCCACCUGGAGGUGGCCCUAGAUCGUCAGCUGCUUUUAGAUCUGGUGCCGGCCCUGAGGUUGGAGGUGCAAGAGGAGAAAUGA